AUGGUCUUGUAUCUGGGCCUUUGCGUGAAGCUCCAAAUGGAGCGCGUGGCAAAGGACGGACUCCACCAGUACCGCAACUUGUGUAUCCAGCACAAUCCCGCGUCGCUCGAGACGGUCAUCAAGCACUUUGCUCUCCAAGCGGAGCGCAAGCUCGCAGCUGCCAAGCAGCAAAGCAAUGAACUGCAUCUAUUGGCUGGUGCCAUGGUGGACUUGGAUGCUGGCCAGACGCCAGAGGCGUGA